GGGAGGGAUGCGGGAGCAGGGCAGCGGAGCCGGGCGGGACUGAGCCACCCGCAGAGGAGAGGAGGAGAGGGAAGGAGAAGAGAGGAGAGGAGAGCUGCCCUGCUCCCUGCUCCUGUGCCGGGCUGCCUGCAUGGCUCCCGGGCACUGUGGAGAUUGUGGGGGCUGCUGCUGCUGAGCAACCAUCCAUCGCUUUAAACUCAGCCUCAACUUAGCGCAGCAGGCAAGAAUGGCAAAGCCACUGGAGCUUUGGAGCUGCCAGAAGAGCCAGGGAACCUGGGUUUUGGUCGCUGCUGUCUAAUAAAUGGGAGUAAAAUGGAAUUUCUUACCUGGGUUUUUCCUGCCUUGAUUCUACUGUGCACACAACAGCACAGGUGUAUCAGAGCUAUGAGUGACAUCGGAGAUUACAUAGGUUCCAACAUUGAAAUCUCCUGGUUGCCCAACCUGGAUGAUUUGAUGAAAGGGUACGCACGAAAUUUCAGGCCUGGGAUUGGAGGUCCUCCCGUUAAUGUUGCUCUGGCAAUCGAAGUAGCCAGCAUUGACCACAUCUCAGAAGUGAACAUGGAAUACACCAUGACAGUAUUUUUGCACCAGAGCUGGCGAGACGAUCGUCUGUCUUAUAACCACACCAAUGAAACUCUGGGCUUGGACAGCAGGUUUGUGGACAAGCUCUGGUUGCCAGAUACUUUCAUAGUCAAUGCCAAAUCUGCCUGGUUCCAUGAUGUGACUGUGGAAAACAAACUCAUCAGGCUUCAGCCAGACGGAGUCAUUUUAUACAGCAUCAGGAUUACCUCAACAGUGGCCUGUGACAUGGACCUUUCCAAGUACCCGAUGGAUGAGCAGGAGUGCAUGUUGGAUUUGGAGAGCUAUGGCUACUCUUCAGAGGACAUUGUCUACCACUGGUCAGAAAACCAGGACGAGAUCCACGGGCUGGAUAAGCUGCAGCUUGCUCAAUUCACAAUUACCAAUUACCAGUUCACAACAGAAAUUAUGAACUUCAAAUCUGCAGGGCAGUUUCCCAGGCUCAGUCUCCACUUCCACCUUCGGCGAAACCGAGGGGUUUACAUCAUCCAGUCCUACGUCCCCUCCAUCCUGCUGGUGGCCAUGUCGUGGGUGUCCUUCUGGAUCAGCCAGUCCGCCGUGCCCGCCAGGGUGUCACUAGGUAUCACCACUGUUCUUACAAUGACCACCCUGAUGGUCAGUGCCCGAUCCUCUCUCCCACGAGCCUCUGCCAUCAAGGCCCUGGACGUUUACUUCUGGAUCUGCUACGUGUUUGUCUUUGCUGCUCUGGUGGAAUAUGCCUUUGCACAUUUCAAUGCUGACUACAUGAAAAAGCAGAAGAACAAGAUAAAGGCGAGAAGGCAGAGUGCAGAGAUCAACGUGAAGAACGCCAUUGUUCUGUUUUCCCUCUCCAUAGCUGGUGUGAGCCAGGAACUGGCCAUUUCCAACAGGCAGCACCGGAUUCCCAGAGGCCUGCCCGGAUCGUACGGCACGAUAGAAAUAGAAACUGGAGAGACAAAACAGCAGCAGGGGAUGAAACUGGACAAAAAGACUGGCCUGAAGUCUCUCUUCAAGCCCAUUGAUGCUGACACCAUUGACAUUUACGCCAGAGCCGUGUUUCCAGCAGCAUUUGCAGCAGUCAAUGUUAUAUACUGGGUUGCAUACACAAUGUAAGACAACAAAAAAGGGAAAAUUCUUCCCAAGACCUACAAACGGAACGAUACCCACAGG